CUCUCACGGUGACAGGGGGAGGAGCCGGGUGCGAGAACCGGGUCGUACGGGACCGAAGGGUCUGCGGCCGGGGAGUCACCGUAGAGUAGGCCCUAGUGGCUCUGCAGCUCCAGGGAAGGACAGCCCUAGUGUUCUGAUCCAGCGCUUGCUGGUUCCUCAGCCUUGACCUGGACUGGGCUUGGGACUGGGUGGGUUUCACAGACCACCCGUGUCACGAUGCUUUUGGAAGAAGUCCGCGUCGGCGACCGGCUGAGUGGCGCAGCGGCCCGUGGCGACGUGCAAGAGGUGCGCCGCCUCCUGCACCGGGAGCUGGUGCAUCCCGACGCUCUGAACCGCUUCGGCAAGACGGCCUUGCAGGUCAUGAUGUUUGGAAGUCCAGCAGUUGCUCUGGAACUCCUGAAGCAAGGUGCUAGCCCCAAUGUCCAAGAUGCCUCUGGUACCAGUCCAGUGCAUGAUGCAGCUCGCACCGGGUUCCUGGACACCUUGAAGGUCCUGGUGGAACAUGGUGCUGAUGUCAAUGCCCUGGACGGCACUGGUUCGCUCCCCAUCCAUCUGGCGAUACGAGAGGGCCAUACCUCCGUGGUCAGCUUCCUAGCUCCCGAAUCCGAUCUCCAUCACAGGGACGCUUCGGGUCUCACCCCCCUGGAGCUGGCCCGGCAGAGAGGGGCUCAGAACCUCAUGGACAUCUUGCAGAGGCACAUGGUGAUCCCAGUGUGACCCGGGGCCACUGUCUCCAGCCAGGGAGCCUCACUGGGUUAAGAGUCAACAAAAAGAGGAAAGAAACUUUCGCUCCUCACUCCUUCCAUUGAAGAAGAGUGGGAGGAGCUGUCUGUGGUUUAUUGGUGUUGGUUUCUUGAGUGAGUGUGUUUGGGGGUUUCUCUUUGUUUUUCUCAUCCCAUUUGGUGUGUUUGACAGAGAAGGGGCUCCUACCGGCAACAGCCACCUAAACGGUUCAGUUUUCCCUGCACCUGGCUGCAGAGACCUCAGGGCAGAGGUUUAAAGCCCUAGCCUCAGAGUGACGUCAUCACCUCCUGAACUCCUGGAAGCUGGUGACCUUGGCAGGCUGUGCGCAGUGACCUGAAGUGUGAGCCACCUACUUUGGGCGUGGGAGGGGGGAGGGGAAAACGUUUGGAAUCAGUUAAAAGAAUAGUGAGUGUUAAUCUUUUUCUUGGAAGUUUGUUUUCCAGUCUGUUGUACAGAGUUUGAAAUAUAUAUAUUUAUUGUUUUAUGGAAA